CGAUUUCACCGGGGAUCAUUUUACAUCUCACUGCACUAUAAGGUUACAACCAAAGAUGGCCCUUGCUGAUCACUGAAGUGCCAGCGCUGUGUUUACAACAGGAAAUCACUAAAGACAGAGUGUGAUGUGAAAGCUGCAUUUUCGUUGCUUGGCAGCAAUUUGCAGCUUUUCAUAAGCGUACAUCAUUUUAUCGCUACACAUGCUAUUGAACCAGCCUAUCAGAAGGCUCGUUACAGUUGACGUCGAAAGCAAUUACAACCAUGCCGUUACCAAACAACACUAAGGGAUCACUGUUCAGCAGGGGGAAUUCUGGCAAGGCUAGUAGCCAGACCAAGCCAGGACUAUCGACUUCCCCUGUAAGGGGAGUCAAGAUGGGCAACGGGGCCAGUUCGGCUUCUUCAACUCAAGAAGGGGAUUCACACGAACAUCUAAAUAACAAGAAAUUAAUACCAGAUUUAAGGGCGGAAAUCAAAAUUCGUGACGCAAAAAUAUUGAAAUAUGAAACGGAACUAUUGGAAAGAAAGCGGCUACUGGAGGAAAAAUGUGCGGAAAUUACAAAAUUACGAGCUGAAGUUGACAAGUUACAAUCGGUGUUACAAAUUAAAGUUCACAAAGAUGCUGGACAUCCGGACAUUUUGGCGACAAUUCAUGAAAAUUCAUCCGUGCCGGGUCAGGAAGGGCGGAGCAAGAAACAGGGUGUUUCUGCUGAGAGUCCUAUGUCAAGCCAGCAUGGCACGGUAGUGGAAAUUAAGAGACACGAGAAGGAAUUCAGAUCAAAACAGUUAAUAAAAGAUGCAAUUCUAGACAAUGACUUUUUGAAAAACCUAGACUCAACACAGGUACGAGAGAUAGUAGACACUAUGUACGAGAAAGAAGUGAAACAGGGCCACUACAUCAUUCGGGAGGGCGAGAGUGGACAGCACUUAUAUGUAUCAGCAGAUGGAGAAUUGGAGGUGCUAAAGGAGUCCAAAGUGUUGGGUAAAAUGAAGGCUGGUCGCGCUUUUGGGGAAUUAGCCAUUCUCUACAACUGCACAAGAACUGCUUCCGUCCGAGCAUUGUCUGAUGUGAAGGUAUGGGUGCUAGAUCGACGUGUGUUCCAGGCCAUCAUGAUGAAGACCGGUAUACAACGACAGGAAGAGAACAUCCGCUUCCUUAGAAGCGUUCCACUUUUGAAAAAACUGCCGACAGAAAAAUUAGCGAAAAUAGCGGAUGUUUUAGAAGUGGACUUUUUCCAUGAACACGAAUACAUCAUUAGAGAAGGCGGAACAGGUGACACAUUCUUUAUCAUCAAUAAGGGAGAGGUCGAAGUGACACAAAAGAUAGCCGGAUUCGACGACCCUCAACUCAUCAGAUCUCUUAAACGUGGUGAUUACUUCGGCGAGAAGGCGUUACUCAGCGAAGACCGCCGAACAGCCAACGUGAUAGCUCAGGCACCUGGGGUGGAAUGUCUAACGGUGGACAGAGAUUCAUUCAAUAAGCUCAUCGGGGACUUGAAAGAACUCCAAGAAAAAGAUUAUGGUGAUGAAGCAAGAGGUGCACAAAGGCUUUCAGAACAUAAGAAUGACUCCCAAGAACAGAGGUCUAGCGGCGGGAAUGGUUCCGAGAUGCCACUCUCUCCUAUGCGAGAGAAGGUGGAACAGGAAUACCGGGACAUACAGCUGGACCAACUUGAGUUGGUUGCCACUCUGGGAAUGGGAGGCUUCGGGCGUGUAGAACUGGUGCAACUUACGACCGACAGAAGCAGGACGUUUGCUCUUAAGUGCCUUAAGAAAAAACAUAUAGUGGACACUAGACAACAGGAACAUAUCUAUUCGGAAAAGAAAAUUAUGAUGGAGUCGAACUGUGCGUUCAUCGCCAGAAUGUAUAAAACGUUUAAAGACAAGAAGUAUGUGUAUAUGCUGAUGGAGGCCUGUCUAGGAGGAGAGCUAUGGACCAUACUACGUGACAGAGGUUACUUCGAUGACGCCACGGCUCGCUUCUGUGUGGCCUGUGUUGUGGAAGCUUUCCAUUUCCUACAUGAUCGUGGUAUCAUCUACCGAGAUCUGAAACCUGAAAAUCUGCUGCUGGACGCGAACGGAAUCGUCAAACUGGUCGACUUCGGAUUCGCCAAGAAAAUGGGGCCUGGUCGGAAGACUUGGACUUUUUGUGGUACCCCGGAGUAUGUUGCCCCUGAAAUUAUCCUAAACAAAGGCCACGACCGUGCUGCGGACUACUGGUCGCUGGGAAUACUCAUGUUUGAACUGCUGACCGGGAGUCCACCAUUUGCUGGCACCGAUCCCAUGAAGACGUACAAUAUCAUCCUCAAAGGAAUCGACUCCAUAGAAAUACCUCGCAAGAUUAACAAGAUUGCAAACGUUCUCAUCAAAAAGCUAUGCAAAGACAAUCCUGCCGAACGUUUAGGGUACGGCAAAAACGGAAUAUUGGAAAUUAAAAAACACAAAUGGUUCCAGGGUUUUGAUUGGGACGGUUUAAACAGUAGAAAAAUUCUACCCACUAUCAUUCCAAAGGUACGGAGCCCAACGGAUUAUAGCAAUUUUGAUAGCUAUCCUAAAAGCAUUGACAUACCUCCCGACGAGUUGUCUGGUUGGGAUUUUGACUUUUAGUUGUGGAAUUCUGAGAAGCCGGAUUUGCCAAAACAAAUGGUCUCUAAAAGACUUGUGUGAGAUUUACAAUGGUUCUUGUGUUAU